CGGGAAAAUCGCUGUGUUACCAUCACUUUUCAUCCUGUUUUUUUUUAUUUGAAUUAGGAAAAAAAUCGAAGCCGACGCGAAAGUGAAUGAAGCUGAAAGGAAAUAAUUGCAAUAUUUUUUGAGCGGAGAUUAUUUCCAUGCAAUUACUAAAACAAUAAGUCAAAUUAAAAGAGUAGUGAUUUAUACAAUCCUUGGAGCAAGACAAAAAUGGCCAAUGCCUACGAAGGUAAUGGUGAGUAUUCAAAUUACGCCGAUGAUGAGAGCGAAUAUGGAAAGCAGCGUAAAAUGGCAGCAACUGGGCCGCACAAUGGCGACAAUAAUCACGGAGAACUUCAUCAUCAUGGCACUAAUACAAAUAUGACUCCUGGUGAAAAUAAUUACCUCAAUGAGAAGGCAAACGAUUAUAUAAGGGAUUGUUUAAACGAAAAGUCUCGCAUGGACCGCAAAUUUCCAAUUUCCGAAAAGCUUUUGGAUACUGAAAUUGAAAAAGUUCAGACAACAGGACGUCUGCCAUCUAGGGAACAGAAAUAUGCCGAUAUAUAUCGUGAAAAACCUUUGAGGGUCUCCCAAAAAGUUCUAGUUCCCAUUAGAGAACAUCCAAAGUUCAAUUUUGUGGGAAAACUGUUGGGGCCAAAAGGUAAUUCUUUGCGGCGACUGCAAGAGGAAACUAUGUGUAAAAUGACAGUCUUAGGACGUAAUUCGAUGAGAGAUCGUGUUAAAGAAGAGGAACUUCGUAAUUCUAAAGAUCCAAAGUACUCUCAUCUGAACAGUGAUCUUCAUGUGGAAAUAUCUACAGUGGCACCACCAGCUGAAGCUUAUGCUCGUGUCGCAUAUGCUAUGGCCGAAUUGCGUAAAUAUCUUAUACCGGAUAGUAACGAUGUAAUAAGACAAGAACAAUUACGUGAACUUAUGGAUAGCACACACAUUUCUGAGGAGCAGAAAUCAUUGAACUUCAAUAAAAAAGUUUCUCCAUAUCAAGUAGGUGCAGCUGGUGGUGGUGGUGGAGGUGGUGUAGGUAUAUUAACAGGAGGGCCCAGCGCAGUUGUUGCCUCAUUAGGACCAUCUUGUUCAAAUCCUUUGGCAAAUCAAACAAAGAGUGUAACACCAUAUAGGUCUUCUAGCCAAAAUGCUCUUGGUCCAUCAUCAUCCACAGUAACAUCAUACAACAAAACCAAUAUAGCUCCCAAACAGAAAGUAAUGUCAAUAUUGGAAAAGGCUCGUUCUGCAAUGGAGGAAACGUAUGGUCGCGGUUACGAUGAUAAUCCACCAUAUGAACAUCAUCAAGCACCUCAUUCAUACGAUGCAUAUGCUACAUAUACGGGACACACGACACAACCUCCAGCUGGACAUAAUCCUCACGGGCCUCAAACGCCGGGUAUUGGCAUUAGUACAUUGAAUUCUGCAAGAGCUCCUUACGAAAAUGUUGAAUAUGAGACAAGCGAUUACAACAGACGAGAUUAUUAUCAGAAUCCAUCUGCGGCCGCCACACCAAAUUACGGAGCAUCUGGUAUUCAACCACCCAAUAAUGGUGGCAUAAAUCCGAAUCAAAAUCAAAAUCGUAGUCAUGUUAACAGGUGAAAUAUAUUUCCAACGGAAAAACAACAACUGCAGCAACAGCAGCAGCAAAUACUUGCAAAUAAU